CGUGUGACGGACCGUGCCAUCCCAAGUGGCCUGUUCCCGACGAGAUGUCGCUGUGCACGAUCUGCUUCGACAACUUCUGUGUCAACUGCACCCAAUUGGUCGCUGCAGGCGCCAUGGCUAUCGAUCAGUGUAGCACCAACCACGUCCCGCACUUUGUGUAUGUGCCCCCGCGCCCUAAACCAGUGGCCAGGGGGAUCAUGGUGGUGGAUGGCGAGGAGAUGGACUUUGAGACGUGGAAAAAUCGUUCCGGAAGGAGUGGCAAGUGUGAUCGAGUUCAAGAAGUACAGAAGUACAGAAGAUGAAGGGCAUAGAGGUAAUAGCAGAUGGCUGGGAGAUACCCAGGUUGACUUCCUGUUGAUAUCCCCGGCUCGCGAUACCAGAGGGU